GCUCUGGACGAAACUGCCGAUGACCUUCUAGAAGAUCAGAGUAGCAGAAAGCUGUCCGUACGUUGAACAAGGGUUCAUCCAUACAAUCAAUCAUUCGAGUUGCUGUUGUUGUAUUUAUAUCAUCUGGAUAUAUGUUCCGGAGGAAGAACUAGCUAGGAGGGCGUUUUAAUCGCCGCACCGUUUCGAUUCUCGGAGAAAAUUAGUGCGGUUCGAUGACGAAGCAAGUCGCCGAGAUGGAGGCCGGUGGCCAGCGGAAGCUUCACUUCGUGCUGGUGCCGCUCUUCGCGCAGGGGCACAUGAUCCCCAUGAUCGACCUGGCUCGUCUCCUCGCCACCCGCGGGGCGCUCGUCACCGUCGUCACUUCUCCCCACAACUCCGCUCGCUUCAAGGCUCUCAUCGACCGCGUCAACGACUUCGGCCUCCUGAUCCGCCUCGCCGAGCUCCGCUUCCCCUGCGCCGAAGUCGGCCUGCCGGAGGGCACCGAGAACGUCGACCUCCUCGAGUUCGGCGAGCAGUCGGAGAAGUUCUUCGUGGCGAUGAGCAUGCUGAGCGAGCAGCUGGUCGGCUACCUCCGCCAGCAGCGGCUGAGGCCGACCUGCCUUGUCUCCGACUCGUGCACUCCCUGGACGAUGGAGGUCGCGCGGGAGCUGGAACUGCCCCGCUUCGUCUUCCACGGGCCCUCCUGCUUCUACCUCUUGUGCAGCCGCAACGUUCACGAAUCUGCAUCCUCCGGAGACGUUCCCAGCGACUUCUUCCAGCCCUUCUUCGUCCCUGGGUUGCCUCACAAAAUAGAGGUGGUGAGGAUCCAGGCUCUGGGAUUCUUCGACUUCCCAGGCUGGGAGAAGCUUCAUGGCCAGGUGCUGGAGGCGGAAGCCACGGCUGAGGGGAUAAUCAUCAACACCUUCCGCGAGAUGGAGUCUCCCUUCCUCGAUCUUUACCAGAGGGCUCUCGGGAAACCGAUUUGGCCUAUCGGACCGGUGAGCCUCACCAACAAGGAAACGAAUGACACAAUCGUGCGCGGCCACAAGACGGCUGCCGAAGAGGCGGAGCGGAUUUUGAAUUGGCUCGACGCCAAAGACACGGCGUCCGUUAUCUACGUCAGCUUCGGUACCGUCAGUUUGAUUAGUUCCUCGCACAUCUUCGAGGUAGGGCAUGGAUUGGAGGCAUCCAACCGGCCAUUCAUCUGGGUGGUGAAGCAGAGGGACUUAUCGCCGGAGGUGGAGCAGUGGCUGGACGAGGAGGGGUUCGAGGAGCGGACAAGGUCCCGAGGGCUGAUACUGAAGGGAUGGGUGCCGCAGCUGAUGAUCCUGUCGCACCCCGCCGUGGGGGCGUUCCUGACGCACUGCGGCUGGAACUCGACGCUGGAGGCGGUGUCUCAGGGAGUGCCCCUGAUCACGUGGCCGCAUCUGGCGGACCAGUUUCUCAACGAGAAGUUGGUGGUGGAGGUUCUGCGGAUUGGCGUGGCGCUGAAGCCCCAAACCAAGACGUUCAUGGUGUCGAGAGAGAGCGAGGGGUUAAUAACCCGCGAGGACGUGGAGCGGGCGGUGGAGAUGGUAAUGGGAGCGGGCGAGGAGGCUGAGGAGAGAAGGCAGAGGGUUAGAAAAUUGGCGAUGGAGGCGAAGAAUGCGAUGGAACCAGGUGGGGCGUCUCAUCAGAGCUUGACCCUCAUGAUCCAACGUGCUAUAGAUACUGCAAACAAUUAAUGUCCCUGCAGAUUGCAAACACGCCGCACUUACCUAUCAGAUUUGAGACAUAAUUUUUAUUGCAAGAGCUCCGUAGUACGUUGUUGAUUAGGAUCUGAUCCCCAUGGCGGCUAGCUGGAUGAACUACCUCUAUUGUAAUUUGUUUACCUACCUUACAAAUAAACCAUCUUAUCU